UCUCAUGCCCAACACCACAACACCAUAUCACAAUGACACACCAAUGCCACCAAUCAAAAGAAGCAGUCAUUACCAAUUAUGCCAAAUCAUUCCAUACGCACUCCCAUAAUAACAUGCUUAAUUCCCCCACUACAAAUUAAAACUAAUCAUCCAACCCCAAAAUCACACACACAAAACCCAUCUGGCCUUCUCUUCUCUUUCUCUUUUGCCUAUCAUCUAUCUUUUCUUGCAAUCUAAGUCUUACUGUACUUUAUUUUCCUCUUCUGUUGGUCCAACUCAUCAUCCCCCCAAUUUAUAACACCACCCUAAAGCCUUCCUCACACAACCACUCUCUGUCUCUCUUAGCCUUUACUGCAGAACACAGAAAAUGACCUCAGUUUGCAUAUCAAACUGUGUCAACGACACGCGCGAUCCCCGCGUGCCGGUCCGGGCCACCUACGUCAACCUGUACAAGUGGCCUGAGUCGGACGCGGAGUUCGUGCGGUCGGUGAGCUCCAAAGGGCGGCGAUCCAGUGCGGCGGGGAUGCCGCAUUGGCACCACCAACACCCUAGAGUGGUGGACAGCAUAUCAUGCAGGCAAAUGUACCUGAGGAGCUACACGUUCACGAGGAAAGAGACCGUGCCGGAGAAGACCCAGAAGUGCUUUGGCAGAGUCAAGGAGAAAAUGGUAACUAACAACGAUGAGAGGAAGAGGAAGAAGAAGAAGAAGAAGGGUAAGAAGAGUAAGUGUUUGGUUCUGAGGAAAGUGAAGGAGUUUUCAACUGCUGCUCUGUUUAGAAUCUUUCAGAGGCUUUUGUCUUGUUCUGCUAGUGUAGAUGUUGUGAAUCAUGAUCAAGAUUAAGUCAUAAACUAGAUUUUUUUCUUUUUCUUUUGUGGUGCUUUUGUUAAUUUAUAAGCCAGAGAUGAUGGUUGGUUUGUGCUUUAAAUUUCUCUAAUAUGUGUCAAA